AGCCCCUCUGCAGUAGUUCUGUCAGAGCGCCCGUGAAGAGCCGGGGAGGACGGGGGGAGCUCGCUCCCUCGCUCGUUCACUCGCUCGCUCGCCCGGGCUGCCGCCGCCGGCUCCAACCGCCGCUGCUGCUCCGCCUGGCCGCUGCCCGCGCGCCCAGCCCCGACAGCCCACAGGGUCGUUCUCGCUUCCCUGCCUCCCUGCUUCGCUGCCCGCGCCCGGGCAGCUCGAGGGGGAAAAACUUUUGAAGCCGGUGGGCGGUGGCGUCGUCGGCUCCUCCCGAUAAUCCGGCUCCGCUCGGGUCCGCCCGGGAUCAGCCGGCUGUCUUGGGGCUCCGCUCUGUUCUGGCCGCCCCGUCCAGCCGGCUAGCUGCCCUCCCACGCCUCCGGGGCAGCGCAAUGGCCGGUAUUCGGCGCUCCGCAUGCCUGCUGGCUGUGCUUCUGCUGCUGAGCUUGGGCAUCCGGCCCCAGCCGGCAGCCCCCGAGGCCACCUGUCACCAAGUCCGUCCCUUCUUCCAGAGGCUGCAGCCGGGGCUCAAGUGGGUGCCCGAUGCCCCCUUGGCAGGUUCAGAUCUGCAAGUUUGCGUUUCCAAGGGUCCAACAUGUUGUUCACGAAAGAUGGAAGAGAAGUACCAAACGUUAGCGCAUCUGAACAUGGAGCAGCUUCUUCAGUCUGCAAGCGUGGAGCUCAAGUUUGUGAUCAUUCAGAAUGCUGCAGUGUUCCAAGAAGCCUUUGAGGUUGUGGUCCGGCAUGCCAAGAACUAUACCAACACCAUGUUCAGAAACCAGUACUCCAGUAUGGCCCCCCAAACCUUCAAAUUUGUGGGUAAAUUUUUCACAGAUGUCUCCCUCUACAUCCUUGGCUCUGACAUCCAUGUCAAUGAUAUGGUCAACGAACUCUUUGACAGUUUGUUUCCUGUGAUCUAUUCACACCUGAUUAACCCUGGCUUCCCUGAGGUCUCCUUGGAAAUGGCUGAAUGCCUUCGUGGGGCAAGGCGGAACCUCCAAGCCUUUGGACAUUACCCAAAGAUCAUCAUGACCCAGAUGUCCAAGUCACUGCAGACAACUCGAGUCUUUCUCCAGGCCCUGAAUCUCGGAAUUGAAGUGAUCAACACAACUGACCACUUAAAGUUCAGCAAGGACUGUGGCCGGAUGCUCCUCAAAAUGUGGUACUGUUCUUAUUGCCAGGGAUUGGCGAUGGCCAAACCUUGUGCUGGCCACUGCAGUUCUGUCAUGCAAGGAUGUCUUGCUAACGUUGUAGAGAUAGACAAAUAUUGGAGAGAAUACAUCAGCUCCCUAGAAGAGCUUGUGAAAGGCAUGUAUCGAAUUUAUGACAUGGAACAUGUCCUACUCAGUCUCUUCACCCUGAUCCGAGAUGCCAUCCUGCAUGUUCAGAAGAAUGGAGGAAAACUCACUGCCACAAUUGGCAAGCUCUGUGCCCAUCCUCAGCAGCGGCAGUAUAGAUCAGCUUAUUAUCCUGAGGAGUUCUUUAUUGACAAGAGAGUAUUAAAAGUUGCUCAUGUAGAACAUGAAGAAACCUUAUCCAGCAGGAGGAGGGAACUGAUUGCAAAGUUGAGAUCACAAAGUGACUUUUAUAGUGCUCUCCCUGGCUAUAUCUGCAGCCAUAGCCCAGUGGUUGAAAAUGAUACCUUUUGCUGGAAUGGACAAGAAAUUGUGGAAAGGUACAGCCCGAAGAUGAUGAAGAAUGGAACCAAAGGUCAGGCUAGCAGCCAUGAUGUGAAAAUGAAGAGUCUUGAGCCGAUAAUAAGUCAGAUUAUUGACAAGCUGAAGCACGUUAACCAGAUCCUAAAAAGUAUGGCAAUAUUGAGGCGGGCCUCAGAGAAGAAUCGUGAGGAAGACCUUGCAAGUGGCGACUGUGAUGAUGAAGAUGACUGUAACCGAGGCUCUGGUGAUGAUGGGUUAAGAGUGAAAAAUCAGCUACGCUUCCUAGCAGGAAUAAUAAAGUGCAGGAAUUCCAUAGAGACUGGAACAACCUCCAGGAAGUCAUGCAGAGCAAAAGGAGCAGAACCGGGAAAACACUGUACACAGAGACUGAUACACUGUGGUACAAUCUAAGGUAAUGGACUUCUCCAUUGGUGUCAAUGCAAUGUCCCUGAACAAUCUGCAGGGAUCUAAAAAAUACUAUCCACAAGCAGAGGAUAAACUAUGGGAGUAAAAACACCGAGGAAAUGUAACUGCUUGACUACAGGGGGGAAGGGGAUAUAACUGAAGGGAGACUCUAAAUGAACACUCUAGUGCAAAUACCAACAACAUGGAAAUGGGUUCGAACCACGAACACAUAUGAUACCCAGUGGAAUCGUGCAUCGGCUAUGGGAGAGGUGGUGGGAAGGUGGGGGGGAAGAAAAUGAUCUUUGUUUCCAAUGAAUAAUGUAUGGAAAUGACCAAAUAAAAUAAUGUUUAAAGUGAAAAAAAAGAAAAAAGAAAAAAAAUAAAGGUAGAUCGAUGGAAUAGCCUAUACAAUAGUGAAUAUGAAAGAACUCCCUAUUUGAUAAAAACUGCUAGGAAUAUCAGAAAGAAAUCUGAAAGAAAUCACACUUAGAAAAACACCUUAUACCAUGUUUCAUAUGUUCUAAACAAAUCUUAGACCUUUUUUUAAAUUAAAGUUCAUACUAUAAAAUAUUAGAAAAGAAGCCGAUCAUAUACCUUUCACAAUGAUGGUUAGAAGAUAAUUUCUUAACUAAAGAAGAGAUAGAGGCAAUUACAAAAGGUAAACUAAAAAAAUUUUAUGUGAUUCUGAAAAGCUUCUACACAAACAAAAUUAAUGUAUUUAGAAAAAGCAAAGAGAUAAAAUAGGAGGGAAAAGUGCAUCAAGUUUCUCUGAUAAGGAUUUGGAAUCCAAGAUAUAUAAGCAACAAAUUGAGACACAAGAGUCAUUCCACAGUAAGGAAGUAGAAAAAUGAUACAAACAACUGUCAAAAGGAGAAUUCUAAGGGGGCAGCUGGGUAUCUAAGUGGAUUGAGAGCCAGCCCUAGAGACCAGAGGUCCUAGGUUCAAAUCUGGCCUCAGACACUUCCUAGCUGGGUGACCCUGGACAAGUCACUUGAGCCCCAUUGCCUAAACCUUACCACUCUUCUGCCUUGGAGCCAAUACACAGUAAUGACUGCAAGACAGAAAGUGAGGGUUUUUUUAAAAAAAAGGAGAAUUCUAAACUAUUAACAAUCCUAAUAAACAAUGCUCUAAAUCAUUACUAAUAAGAGAAGUGCAAAACAAAACAAUAUUGACGGUUUACCCUACACCUUGCAAACUGGCAGAGUUAAAAAGUGUGUUCAUGUUAAGAACACAUGUGAUACCCAGUGGAAUCACACGUCGGCUAUGGGGGGUGGGAGGGAGGAAAAAAAUGAUCUUUGUCUUUAAUGAAUAAUGCAUGGAAAUGAUCAAAUAAAAUACUAUAAAAUUUAAAAAAAAAAGGGGGUUCGUGUUGAAUGGAUCAGUGGGAAAUAAGCAUUGCUGGAUCAGUUGUAAAUCCGUACAACCAUUUUGAAAAGCAAUUUGGAUUACACAAAAAAAGUGACUACAAUGUCCAUAGCCUUUGGAAACAGAGAGUCAUUCCAUCAUUAGGCUUAUACCAUUAGAAAGUCAUUGAUAAGAAGUACCUAUACAUGCCAAAAUAUUUACAGCAGCACUUUUUGUGAUAGUGAAAAAUUGGAAAUAAAGUAGGUACACGUGGAUUAAGAAAUGUGUAAACAAAAUUGUAGCACAUGAAUGUAAAGGAAUAUCAGUGAGCUGUAAGAAAAUGAUGAAUAUGAUGAAUACAGAGAAGCAUGGAAAGACUUAGACUGAUGAAAAGUUAAAUAAGCAAAGCCAACAACAUGCACAAUGGCUACAGCAAUAUAAAUAGAAGGACCAACUAGCAAUAAAAACCAAAAGUUACUAUGGCAAAAUUAAAAAAAAAUCAUGAAUUGGGAGAAGAAAUAUGAGAAGACAUCUUUGUAUAGGAGAGAAGUCCACAAAAGGUUGCACAUGGUAUAUAUUUUCAUCCCAUUUCAAAGAUUGAUUGGUUAUGCCGAAUUUUCCCUCCUUUUUAUCUCUUUAAAAACAUAUUGUUUUAAUUGUUUAAUUAAAAUGACAAUCCUACCUGAUCUG